AUGGACAGCAGUCCGACCGUUUUGGACCGAGAGUCCUCGCCAGGUGACGAUCCGCAACCGUGCAUCCCGCUGGAUGACACCGACCGUCCGAGUUCGGAAAUUGGCGCCCGAGCUGUUACGUCCCGGCCAAUGCCGGCAAUCGAGUCACAAAAUCCGCGACUUCUAUCCUCGCUGUACAGUUUUCUCGUGAUCGUCAGCUUCUUUCUAGUCGGGUUCGCUGCAUUCCGUAACACACUUACCUGGCAUCUGCAGCGAUUCUGGGGCGCAUCGGGUGACUUCUGGCAGUCGCAGUGGGAUCGCUUCAUUGACUUCACCGGUGAGGAUCCGGCCCGGCUGUGGGUGCUGAGUACCACCAUCUUCACCAUGGCGGUGUACUGGAUGUUCGGCGGCAUCUACACACUGUUCGACGUUACCUGCCGGCCAGCGAUUAUACGGCGGUACAAGAUGCAGCCGGGCACGAACGAACCGGUCGAUCGGCGCCGGCUGGCAAAGGUUAUUGCGACCGUGCUGAUGAACCAAACCGUGGUCGGCGUACCGAUGGCGUACUGCAUGUACCAGGCGAUGCGAUUCCGUGGGCUGAAUGAUCUGCGCGAACUGCCCACCUUUCACUGGGUGCUGGCGGAGCUGUCGUUCUGCAUCUUUAUCGAGGAGAUUGGGUUCUACUAUGCGCACCGGUUGCUGCACAGCCGGCGCAUCUACCGGUACAUCCACAAGCAGCACCACGAAUGGACGGCCCCGAUCGCCAUCACCGCCAUCUACUGCCAUCCGGUGGAGCACGUGUUCAGCAACCUGGUACCACCGUUUCUGGGCAUCUUCAUGCUCGGCAGCCACGUGGCAGUGGCAUGGUUGUGGUUUACGCUCGUAAUACUGUCCACGCUGAAUGCCCAUUCCGGCUACCAUCUGCCAUUCUUUCCGAGCCCGGAAGCGCACGACUUCCAUCAUCUCAAGUUCAACCAGUGCUUUGGAGUGCUCGGAGUGCUCGAUCGGCUGCACGGUACUGACGCACUGUUUCGUACUACGAAGGCUUACGCACGGCACAUAAUGAUGCUGAGCUUCAUACCGGCCCGCGAAGCGUUCCCCGAGCCGGCAAAGAAGGCGUUCUAA